UAAGAGUUAGAGGAAGGACAGCUAGCUCAGUGUUUACCGAAGCGCUUGCGUAACAUCUGGGCAUAGUGACUUCCACACUUCUGGGACAAUGAGGACCACAGCAGCGAUUGCGUCCCUGAUGCUCCUGGCAUUCGGUGUCCUCGCCGAUGUCCAGCCUCAGAAAGACUUUGACCUGCGGAAGUUUGGGGGAAAGUGGUACCGGGUCGGACUGGCCUAUGACUCCCCGGGGUUUGCGCGCUAUCGAAACAGGUUCCGCAUCUCCGUGGGCACCCUGACGCCACUAUCGAGCGGCGACGCCGAGCUCACCAUGUAUGAGAUGGGGUUGACAGGAUGCCAGACCAUCUCCUAUGUGUAUGAGAAGACAGCUGUGCCUGGGAUGUUCAAGUACUUCAGCACACGCCACAGCAGAGUCAAGGACAUCAUGGUGGUGGAAACCAAUUACAAUGAAUAUGCCCUGGUUCUGAAAAACAAGAAGAUAGAUAAGGAAUUGACACAGGUGGCUCUAUAUGGUCGCUCACAAAAGUUAAGGCCAGAGCUGGUGGAGAAGUUCAGGGAAUUUUCUUUGUCUCUUGGAUUUUCUAGGGAGUCUAUUUUGACACCGUCUGCUACAGAUGAUUGUGGCCCAGCUUAAUUCCAGGGAAGGGAAUCCUUUCUGGAUCCUGUUCCCCAGAUCAAAGAACUGCUCUCCUGCACUCUCAGCACAGCACCAUUAUACUUAAAAAGCUUUGCAGCAUCUAACCAUAGUAUUGUGCUCUGGACUACAGUAUAGCUGCUAGACUCACUAACACUGCACACUGCAGUCGGCCAAUUUAUUCUGCCAAGUUAGGUCGAAACACAUUAGAGCAAUAAGACACCUGCAUCAAGCUACCUGUUUGUACCUGCACACAUUUGCACAGUUCUCUUUGUCUCAGUGCCACUGAGGUUACCAGUCAGGUGCAUGUAUUUCUUUCACUGGCCACCGAACCGACACCGAUAAGCACUUAUAUUUAGGUGUCUGAUGAACAUGGGACAAGCCUGUAGCACCACUGUGAAUGAAUAAAAGCUGAAUCCCGUGCUUGUGAUGAA